GGGGGCAGAUUAAUAGACUGUUUGCUAUAAUCACAUACAUAUUUAUACAUAACCUCAAAAACUUGUCUGAGGAUUCUCAACAUGAACGUUACUGAAUGCAUGCACAAGAUCCAAACUUUUGGGAACUGUUCAAAUGGUUGAUGGGACUCCGUCCUUAUGAAGACACAUUAAAAGUGUUGACUUGUUAUGAAAACUGGUCUUGUUAAUUAUUUUCAUACAUGCUUUUCCCCUUAUAAUUUUGUAUAUGCUCAUGUAACGCUGGUCUACUGAGCUACUUUGAGAACCAAUGUUGCGCAAUAUUUCUGGAUGUUAACAGUAUAAGUGAAUUAUCAGUUGCAUGUAAAUAGCAACUACAUGCAACUGUUUAUGAAUUUAUAAUCAGCGCUCUUGACAGAAAAAAAUGAGGGAGAAGAUGCAUUGCUGAAAUCCCUUUUCUUUAAAAUGUUUCAAGAGCAUAAACAUAUCUCAAGUCAAUGAUUAGAUAUAUUAUUCACACCGGUAGCCAAACUUAGUGGAAAUCAACACUGAAGUGGCUUGGUAAGGAAGAUAUUCAAUGCUAUACAUGCAUUGAUCUAUUCUCUGGUCCAGAUUACCACUUUGAUCAAUCAUUUUUCCCCCUCUCGCUGGGAUAUCACUGGAUGGGUUGUUCUAGUCUCCUACAUCUCCGUCCCUCCCCUCGGGCGCUGUUAGUAUUACCUUCACCAGGGUAGCAGUAGUUUUCCUCUUCUUCUCUGUCAGUCUCUCUCUUUUUAUGUCUCUCUCUCUCUCUCUCCCUCUGUCUCCUCCCUCUCUCUAUGUUUUUCAUAUCAUGUUCUCUCUAACUGCUUGUUCAGCCUCUCCAUGGGCUCAGAUCUUCCUGCUUCCUCAAAAUGCUCAACAAUAUUUCAUCUUCAUGCUGAUUCAUACACCACCAUCCCAUAUUAUGCCUGCCAUGCCCAUGCCGUUGGUCCCUGGAUACCCGUCUUUCGUCGCUUGAUAAGCCUGUGUUGAUAUCAGCUAGAUUGUUUUGUCUAACAGCCUUCUAAUAUAGAUCAGGCCCUGUCACAUGCAGCCGGCUUAAAGUACUGUCUACUUCCAUCUUAGGAUGUUCAUCAGAUGGUAGUAAAGUCUCUUUGAAUAUUCUCAAUAUUAAAGACACACACAAAAAUCCAAGUGUGUCGAUGACUUGAUGUGUCUAUGAACCAGCUGAAGAACAAACUCAAAAAGUCAAAUAAAUGUUUGUACUUGUUUCUCAGACAGUUUAGUCAGGUGGCAUUGUGUGACAGGGCCUAUUUUCUCUUGUUCAACUGUUGGGGGGGCAUUUCAUAAAGAUCUUGUUUUAUCUGACAGAUACCAUACAUGUAGGAACUGUGCUUCUCAGUCAAUUAAAAUCAUGGAAAGUUGUCAGAAGACAAGAGUUGUUGAAAUGGUCCCGUAGAGACAAAUAAUGGCAGAGUUUUAGAAUGUAAAAAAUAUGAAUAUUGAUCGUUGUGUUGUAGGCAUGCCCCUUGACCAUGAUCUGACCAAUGCUGUAAUGCAGCAUGCAAAUCUGAAUCUACAUGUAAGUCACACUUAAAUCUUUGUGGAAUGGCCCCCAGACCUUUUCCUGUACCCGUAAGUUUCUGACAUUAUGACAAUACUGUAUCAUUGCCCCCUUCUUCAUCCCUUGACGCUAUUCAAAGAAAUCUAUUUCCCUUACCAUAGGUGGUCAUUACAUCCCAUGUUACCUGACACUUCCAACCCUAAUGUUAUUAUCCAGCCAUCGGACUGUCAAGAGGCUUUGGUCAUGUGAUACGUCUUCUUCGGUCAGUUGCUUUGUCUUGUUGUCCCCAUCUGAUGACAGGUCAAUUUCGUAAAUUUGAGAUGCUCUUUUUGUUUUCCCAAAUUUCUAAGAGCCUUCGUUCUAUCCGGUCUCGUCACGGGUGAUCCAGAAAUGUACCCUGGAGUAUGUCUUUGCAUUGAGGAACCACAAUACUGAUAGCAUAUCUGUGAAAGUUGUUUGCUUUUUAUUUUAAAGUGCUUCUCUCUGAAUUGAAGAAUCCUUUUCGGCAGCGAUAUUGAAUGAGGUUCUAUUGAUAGUAAAACAAUUUUUUAAAUCUAAGUUAUUGAGUGUUACUCAUGUUCACACAUUCACACUAUGCAUUUACAACGCUUUAACUACCUGACCAAUUAUUCUUUGAGACCAGCUCUUUUGAUUUGAUAUGAAGGAAUAACAAUCAAAUUUACUUUUGGAGACUAGCUGAGGAAAUUAUUUAGCCUUAAGUUUUCCCCACUCGAGGUAUAUCUUGUUUAUCUGGUAAUUGGCAUGGAGACUGCUUCAGAACAUCAUGUAUGACUCCCAAUGUGGAAAUGACACUCAGAUGGGCUUUUGAUGCAUUCUUUCCUGUUUACAAUAGCUUUAUCCCAAACUGACUGAUAGCCAUCGUGAAGAAUCAAGGAACUUCAAAAAGAAGCUUCUUGGAAGAAUUGAUCAUUGCAUAUGGUAUGUGUUUUUACUUUAGGAAACACUCUAUUUGAAACCAUAUUUUUCUGAAUUGUUGCAUAUUUUGAUGGAAGUGACAUAUUAUAUGGAUUCAUUGCAUCAUCAUGAUGACUUAUAGCAGAGGUUCCACAUCAGGAAUUCAGCGUUUCCAUAGCAAUAUUACAAGAAGUGGUCACAUGACAUGUACUAACCGGAAAUAUGCUCCCUGAUCAAUUCCAAGCGUGAGUGACCAGAGCGCUAGGUUAAAAACAAAAGGAUGAGAAUCGGCGAGCUUCUUUGGAUCCGUAAAAAGCAGAGACGCCGCCGCCACAAAAUCUUUCGCAAUUCGGACGAAGUGCCCGCCCCAUUGCCAAUGACGCUUUGGUUUGACAAUUUGAUUCUGUCGGUUGGACUGGAGCCAUACGUCCUUCGCCUCAGCAGAGAUUUGCCUAUCGUGAGACAAGAGCCAAGACAGCCUCUGUGGCACACACAUGGGGUGAAGACGGGGUUCCUGAGCAUCUGUAACGGUCCUAAGAAUGCCCAGCGAGUCCGCGUCCAACUCUCAACCGAAACCAUAACUCUCCAGAAAGAAGAAUCAUUCGUAGUCAAUCCAGUUGAUCCGCAUGGGGGUCAUGAAACAAAUGGAACAGAAGUGGACUCAGCAAGGGAGAGAGUUAUCACGAUAAGAAGGCAAAAGGUUGGAGGUCUUGGACUUAGUAUAAAGGGAGGAGCAGAGCACAAUAUACCCAUUCUUGUAUCAAGGAUAUUCAAAGACCAAGCAGCUGAUCAGACCGGUGAACUAUAUGUUGGUGAUGCAAUUUUAAAGGUCAAUGGACUUUCAAUAGAAAGAGCAACUCAUGAUGAAGCAGUGAUAGCACUAAAGAAUGCUGGUAACGAAGUUCAACUGACAGUCAGGCAUUUCAGAGCAGCAACGCCAUACCUCAAACAAGCAGCUAAGUUAGCAGACAGAGGGAAGUCUCCAGAUAAUAACAACACAACAGAAAACAGUUUGACAAAUGGUGGUGAAGGCUGGCAGACGAGAAAUGCCUCAUCCACAACAGCAACCGUUCACAACCAAUCCCCAAGGCCACAGCCAAAGUUGCAGACGAGAUGGGUUGAUAUGCUCUCAAUAUCAUUACUCAUGGCGAGAGUUACAAGAUAUUCAAGUGGAACAGAUAAAAUCAGGCCGAAUACGUUUGAGGUGAUAGGUGUUGAUGGAACGUCUUCAGGGACUCUCCUUUGCCAGAGUUCAACAGAGCUCUUAGACUGGCUCAAAGUUAUCAACUCAAGUGUAGCAACCCUCAAUGCCCAGUCAAUGAAGCUGUCAAAUGAUCUCUUACCUCCAGUAGAUCAAAUCAUGCACUUUGGUUGGGUAGAAGAGAGACUUGCAAGCAACUCACAUCACAACAUAUGGAAGCCUAAAUUCCUGGCAAUAAGAGGGGCCGAUGCCCUCAUCUUUGAAUCACCACCAGUUAACCCUAGAGACUGGAUUAGGUGUGAGAGAAGUUACAAACUUUUUGAAGUUGUUUCAAGAAUAUUCAAGGAUUCUGAACUCCAAGAUGACCGAGCCCAUUGCUUCCUCCUUCAGUCCGGAGCAGACGACUGUCAUUAUCUUAGCGUAGAGAACAGGAGUGAAUUAAACGUCUGGCAGAGUGCGGUCCUCAGAGCAACUCAUGCAUCAGUCAGUAAACUUGGUACCAAGACAUAUGGAUGCACGUGGAGGAAGAGGGUCGUAGGUUUGACCCUUGACCUAGAAACUGGUUUCACUCUGUUCGAUGCUCAUAACAAGGCUCUGCUGUGGCGGUAUCGUUUCUCACAACUUAAGAAUUCCUCGGAUGAUGGCAAUGCAAAAGUCAAACUCCAAUUCACUAAUGCCAACACCGGUCAGCUUGAAAUGCAGGAGCUCGAAUGUCCGAACCUGCGGAAACUUCUUCAUUGUAUGCAUGCCUUCCUAGCAAGUAAGCUUGCAGCCAUCGACCCCAUUUUCCUCCGAAGCACAACUCAACUCCCAUGCGACUCAUGACAGUGUGCAAGACAACCUAUUAAUCAAUUUAACAUAUUGUGAAUAUGCUAUUCAUACUUUUUAAGAUGUAAUGUUUCCUCUCGUUUUCUUCUUGACUCUUCCUUUUACAUUGUCUUUGUCUCAAUCCUUUUUUCUUUGUCACUAUCAUUUCCAUAGCUCUUAUUCUCCCUUUCUUUUUGUCUGUUUUCCCCUUCUCCCCUCUCUCUUUCUCUCGUCCUUCAAUUCUUUGUUCACAUUUUUCAGUCUCUCUGAUUAUCUUGCUACCAUCUCUCUCCCCUUUUCCUCUUCUUUUUUUAUCUUCUUCUUUCCAAUAUGUCUACACCUCUCCUACUAGAAAUGAUAACAGACAAGAUAGAAUGUUUAGUUUGUAAAAAUUUCCUUUUCAAGCAAUUUUUUUACUCUACUUUUACCUCAAAUAAGCGCAACUCAUAUAUGUGUGCCAGCUGAAUUUGCUUUUGGCUCCUUUUUUUUUAUCUGCCGGUUACAGUAUAAGAUGGUUGUCAUUGCAACUCCAAAUGGUCAAUCCAGAACUUAAUUUUUUUAUUAUGUGCUGAGGUUUUAAACAACUACAACUGUGUGCUACUUGACCAAACAAAAUACAUUAUAUGUAAGAUCAUGGAUUGAAAGACUAUUUCAAACUUCAAAAAUGUUUAAUAAGAAUCUUAUAUUGUCACAUAUAAUGCAUUAAUGGCAUCUCAAAAGUCAAAUGCGCAAAAAUGAAUAUUAUGACCAAUCAGAUAAACCUUUGCUGGCCCAACACUUAAUAGCUCAUAUGAAAAUAUUGCAACAUUUGUUGUACUUGGAUCACCAGAAGAGCACAAAAAUCAGUCAGUUGCGAGAUGAAAAAAAAAAUGAAUUGCCCUACCGAGCAAUGCAUUGUUUGUAUUUUGCUUUCUGACUUUGUAAUUCUUUUAAUAGGUGGAUGGAAUACAUAAACCUUUCUAUCCUGAUGCUUUGUCAUGUAACACAAGGUAAAAGGACAGAAAGGGUCUUAUGAAUUUAAUAUAUUUUCUUUUUGUUGCUAUAUUGAGGCUGGUUUAGGAUUGCUGCUGCUUUACAUCUGAAAAAAUAAUAAAAAUUAAUUUGCGUUUCUAAAAUUUGAAAUAUUUCUAAGAUUUCUAAAGAGGAUUUGAACAGCCAUUCUCCAUCCUUUUCACCCAUAAUUCAAUAAUGUGUAGUUAUUAAUUGUUCUUACAAACUAUUCUCAAUGUAUUUUUGUCACAUAUUUUCUAAUUUGCCAAAUUGUUCAUCAUUACUAAUUUUUUUUUUUCUUUUUUUUUUCAUGUAAUAUUGAAGAUCAUAUGAUUUCUUUGUAAUUUGUGGUUCAAGGAACCAUUUAACAUUGUUAAAGCAGUAUUCCAUCUUAUAUACUCUGUAUUCCAUGUUUUUACUUUAUUCAAAGGCACCUGUAAUUAAUAUACCUUUUUAUUUAUUUUACGAAAAACUACUUAAUUCUUUUUUUAUUCCGACCAUAAUGAUGUCUUAUUUCAUGCCAGAUCCGUCAAAUCAGGAACUCAUGUCAUUGACAUUAAUGCUGGUUCAAAAUACAUUGUUCAAUACUGAGAUACUGCCACCAUUGAUAACAAACCAUCAAGAUUUUAUUUGGAAAAAAAUAGUCCAUUUUGUGUACUCAAAACAAGAUUUCUAAAAAGAAUAAUAAUCUGUAUCUUUUUAAGUUCUUUUUCUUCCAUUACCCCAAAGUUAUGUGGAUUCUUGAUUUAAAAUACUGACAAAGACAUUUUUGACAAACCUCUUUCAAAUUUAUUGACUGAUUUGAAUGUAUAUUUAUAUAUUUUGGACGUUGUAUAUAAUCAUAGAAUUUAUUAUGCACUCAGAUAUAAUAGAAUGACAAUUUUUCAUUUGUAUUUCAUAAUUGAAUAUGUACUGUUUAUAUUGUAUUGUAAUAUUCUUUUGUGUUUACACAGUAAAGUAAAUUUCUGAAAGCACCAAUACAAUGUUUUGUCAAAAUUAAAGGUAGAUAAACAGGGUUAAAGGGGAUCUUCACUCUUAAUCUUUCAUGAAAAUUGAAGAUCUUGUGAAUUCUGUUAAUUUCAAAGUGAAACUGUAGUUCAGGAAUUAUAUUUAGGGGUCAAGUUUCCAUAUCAUUAUCAACACUUGACAUGCCAAGUUGCUAGUCAAUGCCACAUAACAGGUAGCUUUAGAUUUGAAACACAGCUUCUGUGACAUGGAAUAUUUCUAGUAUGCCCCAGUGUUUUGUUCUAUAUUGUGCAUUAUAUUUACAAACUCACACAAGAUUUUUUGAAGAUGCAAUUUUAGAAAGCAGCGCCUUGGAUUCAAGUGCACACGAAGAAAUCAGUGUGCAAACUUAUUUCUUAGUAUGCACGUACAUGAACUGUAAAGAAAUUUAAGAAUUUCAAUGUGAUCAUGUUUUCGUCAUUUCAUUGUACAAUAUCAAGUACAUGUUUUGCACUUGGUUUUUCUGGAAUGUUUGUAUCAUGAAAUUCAUUGCAAUAAUUAGUGUUUUCUCAACAAGACCACCAUAUUUUGCGACAUGUUAUUCACGGUAUCUUUACUGAUAUGCACACUUGUAACAUUUGAGGAUCAUGUGAAUGUGAUCUUAUUUGAAAGUUGAUUCAUUGUUUUGAUACUAUUCACUGUACAGAAGAAUGUUAUUUCACCAAAGUGGUUUUAAUGAACUGUCUGACACUUUAAGUCUUGAAGCACAUGUAGGUCGCCGUGUAUCUAGUUCACAAUUGGACGUGUGUUGCAGGAUAAUUUGAGGGAUUUGUUUAUCUAGUGGCUUGAUUUGACUGAAUGUGAUUUAUAUAUUUUUGGUAUUAAUGAAUUUAGAAGAAUUAAAUUACUUAAAAUAAUGAUAUAUAGCUUGACCGCCAGUAUGCUGAAUAUAGCAAACACAGAUGAGCACAUGUGGGCACGUUUAUAAUUAAAAACGACUCAUCUACAUGUACCAAACACUUAAUUUAUUUUGUUCCUACCAGAACUCUUUGGCACAUAUUUCUAAUUUCUAGAUACAAGCAGUGGGUGCAUCGUGGUCUAGUGGUUCUGACUCUCGCCUUUCAAACAGAGGGUCUUAGGUGCGAAUCCUAGCCGUGGCGUGUUUUCCUUCAGCAAGAAAUUUAUCCACACUGCUGAACUCAACCCAGGUGAGGUAAAUGGGUACCAGCAGGAAGUAAUUCCUCAAAAAACUGUGUGCACCUGAAUCGGUAGCCUAGCUUAGCCGGGUAAUAAUAAUUGCAGGGCCAGCUGGGAGAACAGUUUUCAGAACUGAAAUGGCUACCCUGGGUAAAUAUACCGUUAUUAUUAUUAAGCUUUUGUGAAGUCAUUCCAUUGGUUCUUCUUGAGUUCAUUUUAUGUUUGUUAUCACAACUUGAAUUGUUCAAUCUAGGUAUGGAUACUUAAACGUUUUAAAGCUUUUGCAGGAUUAUGAAGAUAAUGAGAAUACUCCAAUCUGUGGAUUAAUAUUGAUGGGCCCUCUUAUAAAUCUAUGGCAGACUGCAUGCAAAAAAUGUAAUAAGUUGUAAUAUUAAUUAAAUUUCUAUUUAAAUGGGCCCAGUUGGUUACUAAUUUCUUGAAGGUCAUUAAACUACCGAUUUGUAAGGAAAUUAACAGAAUAUUGAGAAGGGAAAAAGUGAUGUUAACAUUACUUUAUAUAUAUUCCGCAGUACUAUCCCAUUUAAAAUAAUAGACUUGAAAAUUCACAUUAGCAACUGAUAAAAGCUUGAAAUAUUCAUACUGGUACUUAACUAAGUUUUCAUGAUUAUCACAAGUAUAACAAAAUUAAUAUAGGAAGGCGAUAUUGAUAAUCAAAAUUAGAUAUCCUAAUUAGUUACUACCACUCUUAUAAAUCUCAUUGCAUUUAGCAUUGAAAAAUUAUGAGGCAGCUUACUUAAAGCUUGUGAAUAUUCAAUAGAAAGGUUUUACUAUCUGUAUAAUUACGGAAUGAUUAUAUACAGAAAGUAGGAAUAUAUUGUCAGGGACAGAUGUAUAUCUACCAAUAAUAGUGCUUUUCUCUACUGGACUUUUUAAAGUGUGCUAAGUUAUUAUGUUUUAGCUAUAUGUAUGUUUGUAAGUAUGGAUGUAUGUUCCCACCUAUUUAGUUUGAUGUAUGUUAGGCUUCAUUGCUACCUUUAGUUUUAUGUUACAAAUUAUUUUAUAUAUAUAUUUAUAUGUAGCUUUCAUAGAAAUGUAUUCUCAUACAUCAUGCUUCUUUAUGUUAAAUGACAUUGUGUAUAUAUGUGUUUAUGUUAUUGUAUUCUUUAUUUGUCAAAAGUUUUGGUUCCUUAAAUAUUUUCAAUAAUUUAUUUGCAUACAUACCUCAACAAACUUGUGUCACAACUUCUAAUCUCUUCAAUGGAGUAAAAAUCAAAUGUUUUUAUGUAUCGGCAAUGCAAAUUUUCUGUUGAAUGAAUACAAUGCAAAGGCAGCUCUCUUCCUCACCUCCAACCCCACCCCUCCCUGUCUCUCUCUUUCUCUCAAAUUUUCACACGUAUUCUGCUUGUUUGAAUAACACUUGAAGUAUCUUGCAAGUUUCAACCAUUGAAUAUAAAUUUUUAAAUUCAGAUUUCUCUUUUUCAAUUUUCUGCUAACAACUCAACAUUUAAAAAACUCAUUUUGUCUUUUUUGUUGAUAUGCUUUCCUGUUAAAAUUGUUUCCAAUUCAUUUCGUUUUCUGUCUACGAAACAAUACCCCCCCCCCACAAUUUGUAAUUUAAUUUCUCCAUCCUUCUCUCGUCUCCCCCCUCCCUGUCUUCCUUUCUGCCACAUUUUCUAGCUACUUAUCAGCUUCCAUGAAGACUGGUCUAUUGUAUCUGGUGGAAUGCAUGUUGCACUCAAAUUUGAUCUACUUUGACAACCAUGAAAAAGUCAUUUACUUUUUAUGAAGUUCCCACAAUUAUCCACAUUGAUGUUACUCACUUUGUCUUUUAAAUCACAUUUUACACCAGAUUUUUCACAUUCAAAUAUGUGUUAUUGGCUUGUGAACUAUUAGUAAGCUUAAAUUUAUAUUUGCUGUUGCGUAAAUCAUGGCCACGAUUUGUAGGAAAUAAACCAUGCACUAUGUAGGUGUGAAAAUUUUGCUCUGAGAAAUCGCUGUUUUAUGAGAAAAUGCAGGUAUGUUUGUAUUUUUAAACUUAUAAACACUGAUGAAUAUAUUGUGAAGGAUGCACCAAGAAGAUGCAAUGGAUAAUACAGCUAUAGAUCUGUAAAUCACUUUUCAUUGUAAUAAAAAUGGAAGAAACUUUUAA